GUCGUGUAUCUUCCAGGUCGAAGCAAUUUCGUCGCGUGGGCUCAAAGUGGCACUGCAUGAAGGCUGUGGACGCGAACCAUGGUCGCUCUAGCGACCAACGCAAUGCCACACGCCGCUCUGGGACCUGUCUGGGUGAUCCUGGUCCAGGAGCGGGCCCAUCCACAGCGACUCCAGAGAGCCAAGCAGGCCGACGCGGCGAGACGGUGCUCGGCAAGCUAACGACGCAUCUUGUUGACACGUACUUCAAGUGCGGCCUGCCAUCCCACGAGCAGCCCAAAACGGCGCGAAGGAUAUUGACCAAGAACAGCCAGGUCGUUUCGAACAAUGGGUGGGACAACUCGGACAAUAACAUUGUGCUGCGGGUCCGCGACCUCCUCGAAGUGCAGAGCAACACUGGGGUCACCAGGACAUUUGUCGUGUUGGACCUUUUGGGGCAAGGCACAUUUGGCCAAGUGUUUCGAUGUCAAGACGUCGCAACCAAGGCAGUGAUGGCGAUCAAGAUCAUUCGGAACCAUCCGUCGUACUACAAACAGGCGCUAGUCGAAGUCCAAGUGUCCCAAUUGUUGACGUCCGCGGUGGGCAUGGAAGGGCAAGACCACGUUGUCGAACUCCUCGAUUACUUUAUGUUUCAACACCACCUGUGCUUGGUGUUUGAGCUGCUGAGCGUGAACCUGUACGAGCUCCUGAGUCAAAACAGCUUUCGUGGGCUGCCGCUCACGAUCGUCCGGGGCUUCUUGCAUCAAAUUCUGCGGUCCCUCGUCUUGCUCCACAACUCCUACGUCAUCCAUUGCGAUUUGAAACCCGAGAACAUCCUACUAUCAGGGCACGACCGGCUGUUCACGGUGCCGUCGCUACAUGCACACGACGAAGACGUCAAGCAGGUCGUGCCAGGCAUCAAGUUGGUCGACUUUGGAUCGGCGUGCUAUGAGAACGAAACCGUGUUCUCGUACAUUCAGUCGCGCUUCUAUCGCUCUCCUGAAGUCCUGCUGGGUCUUCCGUACUGCGGCGCCAUCGACAUGUGGUCGUUGGGCUGCGUCAGCGCCGAGAUGUACUUGGGCUUGCCCCUUUUCCCAGGGGCAUCCGACCACGAUCAGCUUCAAAUUAUCAUCGACACUGUCGGGUAUCCGCCUCUGCACAUGGUCCAGAACGGGACCAACUUGCGCAAGUUUUUCAAAGUCACCAAGCACAACGAGAUCGCCCUCAAGACACCGGAUGAAUAUGCUCGGGACACCAACACCCGUGCUGUGUCGUCCAAGCGGUACUUCAAGCACUCGGCGCUACGCGACAUCAUCGAUGCGUAUCCGUUUCGAAAAGGAGCGUCCGACGAGGAAGUGGCAAAGGAGCGCAACCAUCGAGCGGCCUUUUCCGACUUCGUGCGCGGUCUCCUCGCUCUGGACCCGCGCGACCGAUGGACGCCCCAGCAAGCCAUGCACCAUCCGUUCAUCACAGGCGUGCCAUUCACACAUCCAUACAAACCGAGAGCCCCACCGGCGCGUCGACUCGACGUGCGAUUUCGAAGCCCCAUGGUGCCCAUGGAGUGCACGCCGCACUACGCGUUGAGCUCAUCCGCGCCGCCCCCGGGCCCGCCACCCGAUAUCCCGUACUACCUGCGUUACCCGAUGUACUCGCACUCGUGUCCAUAUUCCAUUCAAAGAGAGUUGUUUCCGCCGAUGGAGCAACUCUGUCGACCGACGUAUGGGCACCACAACGGCACCCAACACGACGACUGCCAUCGAGACUUUGGCCUCCCACCUGACCACUGGGACCCGUUCUUUACGCAAGGUUCGGAUGAGUCCCUCGCGGCUCCACCGCUUCCACCGGAACACCGAAAUCGUUCGCUCCACCACCCGUCCACGUUUUGUGGCUGCACAACGGUCUGCUCUUGUGGGAGAGCGCCCCACCAAGCGCACGAUAGUCCAGUGUUUCAUCGAAAGUGGCGACGGCGAAAACAGAGGGACAAGCAAAUAAAGGCCAAACAAUGACACGACCCCGUGCGAAAGCCCGUUCGAUUUGCUGAAUAAGCAAGUGCCAUUACGUUGUCGGGCGAAAAGCGUGGCUCCAUCGAUCAGCCUCCAGGUUCAGCUCUUCCUUUCGCUGGGCAUGCUUCGUGGUCGAGUCCCGCCCCGUGAAUGUCAUCGAGUCCAACUCGUCAUGGCAACUCUGGACGACGCUCGUCGCGUCUUCCUUUGAGAUCAGUCCCAUUUCAAAGGCGAGGAUGCCGGCCGCAGCAUAGUUGUUGUAAAAGUGGACGCCAUUUCUAAGCAUGUAGGUGUGAAUGAUACAGUUGAAGCACCGAG